AUGGCCAUCUUAAGCCCCUCCUUUGUGUUUGGGAUUGUGGUGCUCCUCUACCUCUCGUCGUUCAUCCUCUUUGCAGUCCUACGCAUCGCCACCGGCAUAUCCAUCCAACGCAUCGGUUAUUUGUCUCUGAGAAGACUGGCAUACACACCACGAGAUGGAAUAAGAGUGGAAAUCCGCGGGUUGGGAAUCAACCUUCAUCGUCCAACAUUUGCCCAGCCGACCUGGCUAAGCAUUGUUGUGACUGAACUUGCUGUAACGGUUGAUAUCGAAGCCUUGGAAACACAAAAUAAGCAGAAGCUCAAAAACAUCACAGAGUUAAGCCAAGAUACUGCUGAAGAUUCCGACCAUACGCCCCAACCUCAGGCUGCGAAAGGCUGGGCGAAAUACCAUGGCAAAGGCGCCAGCGAAAGCCAGCGGAAGAGUUGGGACGAACUUAAAAAACUGAAGGAAAGGGUCAAGCGCCUCCAUCGCAGUAUUGGGUGGCUUCGAAUGGUCGAUAUUGUGGCCACCAACUCAUCACUCACAAUCUUGGAAGUGGGAACUAUCCAGAUUGGUAGUUAUACCAUUGCCGUCAAUACGAGGCGGAAAAUGGUCGACCAGGGGCACAUAUUCUCACGCAAGAAGCAGCAAGAGAAACAUCAGCGACCAGCCGAAUGGACGGUCACCAUUCGAAGUGUGCUACUUACUGCCGAAGGGAACGAGUCGUUGGAGGUCCUGGAUCACGCAGCUCUCAACAUAAAUGGUCUGCUUUACAAGGAGAUUGACGGGCUGCACGAGGCAUCAAUUGAACUAAAGCUAGGAAGGCUACAUAUUCCCGUGGACGAUAUAGAGACGUGUUUAUCUUGUUACCGCAAUCGCUCUAAGCUUUUCUCAAAGAGCCGCCAUGAAACAGAUUCAACCUCUGACGCGCAGGUCGCAAAUCUGAAAGUGGACACGAGUGCUGAAUGUGACACAAACAUGGAGAACACUUCGGAUUUCAACGAAUUUCUCAGUUCAAUCCUCCGAGGAAUCAAGGAAAUACAAUUUGCAAUUACCCACAUUGGACUUGCAAAGAAGAUUCGAAAUGUUCAGCCCGGCAACGGCCCUCUAUUUUUUAAUGCUUCCAUGAAAGAGGUCGGCAUAGAUGUACAUCGGUUAGACCCCAAGUCUCCAGACCAUCGCAUGUACUUCUCUUCGCAAACUGUGGCACAUCAAGGUCUCUUGGCGGCGCUUUCUGUUUCUAUUGGUGUUGAUGAUGGCCAUGGAAAGUCAGACCGCCUAGUAUAUAUACCGAUGACUACCACCACGAUAAGAACCACCUUACCUUCCAAGAUUGUUGGGUUUAAAGGGGUUCAAAGUGCUGAUGAGCGCAAUGCAAAUAUCUUAUUUGCCAACAUAGUCAUCACUUCUCCGUCGGUUGACCUUGACCCGAAACACCUUCCACUUCUCAUGACGAUCAUGCAACCACGUCCAAAAUCGACAUCCCGAUCAGGCCAAGGAAGCCGCGAGCUAAUUUCAAAGUUCCUACCCAAAGCGAAUGUCAAGUUUUCUAUGCAUGAGCCAGUAUUCCGCAUAGCAUUACCUCCCGUGGAAAAGGAUGCUGACGAAGACGACUUUGAUCUCAUUAUAUCAUCCAUUUCCUCGGUGUCGUUGGACCUAGAAUCGUCUCAUUCUGCUGAAGGAGAUAUUCACUAUGCGCUAGCAUCCACAUUCAGAGUGCAAUCACACGAUUUGUACUACCAGACAGCUUCGGCAGCUCGCUAUGAUUUACUUCAGACAGAGUCUAUGGAGAUUAAAGUACAGGUGAACGCAAGCCCUGAAGUUAACGUGAUAGCUUCCGGUAGUCUUCAGACAUUCUCGGUCCGAAUGAUCCGCCCAGAACUAAGUGAGGGCAUCCGCGAGAUUGUCCACCAACUUAGGACUAACGUAGAGCCGGAUAAAAAGGUGAAUCCCAAAACAUCGAAAGAUCCCAACUUCGUCAGAGCUCUACCACCGUGGCUACUCCACUUUCAAUUCCAUGCUUCGAAUUUCAGCGCUGAAGUCGCUGGUGUUGACCCAGAUAUUUCGAAUGAUAUACGCGGCGUUGCUUUACAAUUAGAAUCGUGGACAGCGGAAUAUCGAGCACACAAAGGAAAAAUUGCAGACCGCAACCCAUCCCAUAGACGGGCCAGCAGCGGAUCGUUAACCCCUGACACCCACCACCACAGAAGUGUCCCUCAAAGUAUCGAACACAGCCAAGACUCGACUGAUGGACGAUGCUUAACGAUAGACGUUUGCGGCCUAGAAGGAUUCGUCGUUGAAUCUUCAGAAAAGUGGGAAUUCGAGUCUUUUCUUGCCAUGCCGCAAUGCAAUAUUACCGCCUCGACCUCCACUGAUACCCAGGGGCCUCUAUUUCAUGUCAAUUCGCAUGUCAGGACACUAUUGAUCCAAUAUUCGUUAUAUCGGCACUAUGCCAUUGGCGUCGCAGGAACCGUAUUUCGAAAGGCAUUCAUUCGCACCAAAACGAAUGUUGAUAUUAUCCGUCCCUCGCUGGCGGCCACUAGGGACAUCAAUGGCCUAGACUACCUGUCCCCCAUGCAGUUUCCAACUAACAGCAACAAACGCAACCUCCUCGAGCACAGACUGCGAUUGAACGAACUGGUAACAAUCGAUGCCAAGUUUGGCUUAAUUCAAGUAAAAGCCAAUAUGCCCGCUGACCCACCUAUGAUGCUGCAAGUGUACGGCGUGGAAACUGGCCGUCGGCGAUACUCACCACCCUUCAUGAACUGCAAGCUUGCUCGACUCUACGUCGAGGCACCUAAGAUGAAGCGGGUAUGGGCUCGCCUCGCCAGUAUCAAAACAGGAAAGGUUAACUUGCGACAAAUGAGGCAACAGUUAGCCUCUGGAGCUUCUGUGGAAGAUAAUGUUAUUGAAGUCAGCACGGAAGCCAUACGGCUAGCUGUGCCGCAUCAAGUUGUUCUAUAUAAAGUCUUUGACAAUGUCGUGAACACAGUCAAAGCGAUAGAACAACUUCAUCACCGGUUCAAAACCGGGACAAAUGAGUAUAUCUUGAAGAAGGGUCCAGAGGGACCCAAGCAUGUGCCAAAAAUUUCUGUUCGUAGCAAGGCACUUCUUUUUGAAAUCGAAGAUGGUGCAUUUGAAUGGAAACUGGGCAAUAUUUACAGAUCUGGACUGGUCGAACAACAGCAACGCCUUGCCCGCGAGGAAGCAUUUAGAGUCAAAGUUAAGAAGGUCGAAGAACAAGAACAGAGAAAGGACACGUCAAGAAUCCGUACUCGAUCGGCUCGCCCGUUUGGCCGAAGUAAUCAACAGGGUACUUCCCACAUGAGAAGCAAAAGCGAAGAGUACUCACAAAGACCUGAGCGCUCACGAUCAACCACGCGUCAUUACCGUAUGCGAUACGACCCGGAGGGAUUGUGUGGUCUAAGUGCCUCUACAAAGGUCCCAAUCCAAGAAGCUAUGGAAACAUUACAGCAUUAUAAUGCACAAAGUUGGAAGAGACGUAUCGAUCAAUCAUACAGGACACAGAUGAACGACAUGAAGAAAUUGCGGGGCGGGUUCUGGGGCCCUGAUGAGUUACCCGACGAUAUGGAAGACAUUGAGAACAUUGUGGAGAUACCUCAGCGCCCAGGUCUUAUGAGUACGCUGAUCAACGAUCUACACAUCACUAUUGAUAAACCUACUUUCCCUCCUAGCCAACUCCCAGAAUUUCUCCACCAGAUUGGGAAGGGUAUGCCUCACGAUAUGAAGUACUCUUUACUCAUUCCCAUGCACGUCCAGAUCGACAUGGGAGAGGCACGUAUGUCGCUCAGAGACUACCCUCUCCCUCUCCUACACGUGCCAGCCAUGAAGCCAGGCCAGUCCCUACGGUUGCCAAGUUGGUCUUUAAAGACAAACUUUGUCAUUGCGGAAGAGUUCUGCGGACCGCAAUCUGUCCGUCACGUCAAAGUUGAUAUCGUUCCUGCCAAGGUCAGGAACCAGGUACAAUCAAACUCGGGCUAUUUCGCUAUCGAUGUACGACGUACCGUGUCUCCAGUAAAGUCAUAUUCAGAUCUCAAUAUUGACAUCAAUACCAUAUUCCCGACGAGAAUUACAUGGGGCGCGUCAUACCAGCCUGCAAUCCAAGAUAUGAUGAUGGUAAUUGAAAAUUUUACAAAGCCUCAGAUCGAUCCUUCGGAUCGGACAGGUUUCUGGGACAAAAUCCGCCUGGGCUUUCACUCACGCUUGCUCGUGUCAUGGAAAGGCGAUGGAGACGUUCAUCUAUUGCUGAAAGGAACCCGUGACCCCUACGCAGUUACCGGAAACGGGGCCGGCUUCUUGAUGUGCUGGCGUAACGAUGUUCGGUGGAGCGUUUGGCGUGAGAAUGACCCGAAGAAAUUCAUGACCGUCGAGAGUGGUGAUUACAUACUGGCCAUUCCUGAUUACAGUCAUCAAGCCCUUCAAACAAUUUCAUCGGGCCGUGACAGCGACAGCGUGGCAAGCAGCGAUAGCUACAGGAAGGGGGCAAUUUUCAAGAAGGUGAUCAUGAAACUCUCUGGAAAUGUCCAAUGGUUAGCAGGUCUUGUCUUCGAAAGAAAUAUCGUCGGCGGAGAAAGGACUUUUGACUUUAUACCGCACUAUGACAUUAUUUUAAAAGAGCCUGCUUUUGCAAAAGCGCCGCCAGGGGAUGUAUAUGACGCUUUCAGGGGAUUUCGGAGUAACUAUAUCCACUUAUCUAUCGCUGUGACAGCCCCAAUGAACCGGAGUUGGUCUGUAACAAAUACGACGCCAUCAACAAGCUACAACAGCGUCCAUUUAACCCCACGGUUCUUCACCCAUUUUUUUGCAUGGUGGUCCAUGUUUGGAGGCACGAUGUCUCUUCCAAUUCGACAAGGCCGAUUAUGGCCCGGACUUGAAAAGUCGAGCAAAAAAUUUGGUAGGCAUUUGGCGACCAUAAAAUACAGCAUCUUGCUCGCCCCGCUAUUUCAUAGCCAUGUAUACAAACACAAAGAAGCUGAGGAUUACACGGAGGAUGUCGUCUCGGUGACCGGACUCAAGAUAAAACUGGACAGUUUCAUGCUUGAUAUACACCAGAGAAGAGAGUGGUUUAACACUCAGGACAAAGGCAGGAAAACUCAGAGCAAAACCACAGGCAUGAAAAUCCAUAAGGCUCAGCUGGACUUGGUAUCAGCGGACAUCCGCGCCAUGUCUGCAACAAUUGCAGGUACAACGCCAGAAACCCUCAAGAAAGCAUCUGUUCCGCCGCCCGUUACUCAACAGGACAGGGGUGCAACUGAACUUUCCAAAUUUGUUAUUCCAGACAAUGAUUUCAGUUGGAUAGAUAUGGAUGAUUUUGUGGAACUGGAUUGGAUUUUGCCAGCCGAGGCAAAUCCACAUACAAAAAUCAUGCCACUUGCUUAUGCACCCAGGCUUUCUUAUUUCCGUCAAACAGACCAUGGGGACACUAUAGCUGGUGACCCAGAUCGCACAAGCCCCUUUGGAAACGAGCCCACCCAUGUCUGCAUCAUGUCCAAAGACGACGAUCCGCGAAAAGUCCAAUGUCAGCUCAUUCAAAAUCGACUAGAUCAACUCGAGGAACAGGUAAUUGAUCACAAACGAGCGAUGGGAGAAAUUGAGCUUCGCCAGCUACAGGCUACAAGUGCUGAUGACGACACGGCGAUUAAAGCCGAACUUGAUCAGAUGAGAAGUUAUGAUACAGUACUACGAGAGAAGCGAUCGUUCCUGGAAGCUAUGCUGCAUCUCAUGGAAGCUAGAAUUAGGGCAGAUAUCCGGAAUGCGACGCCUGGUCUAGACUUAGAUCCAGGAACCGAUACUCGUACCUUCCCAGAGGAAGAAACCCACUCGAAUAAUACCCGUGGGGAGAAUGCUGCUGCCCCUGAUUUUGUUAGUGAUUUCAAUAAUCGCUUUGUCAUUCAUAACAUUCAACUAAAGUGGAACAACUCUUUACGCAACACCAUUCUCCGAUAUAUUCACCAGGUCAGCCAAAGGCGGGGGUUCAUAUAUUACCUAUCGAGAAGGGCAGUGAAGUUUAUCCUAGACAUUGUCGAAGAGCAAAACAAGGCAAAAGCCCCGAAGUCUAAGUCUUCAACACCGCCGAGUCCUCAACCGCCAUCUGCAUCUCCUUCAAGCGGGACAGAGGAGCAAAACGCCGACUUCGAUAUUCAACAACGAAUCCAAGGGUUACUCGCUGAUUCCAAAAAAUUUGUCGAUGCGAACGAUCCCGGAAACUAUGAGAGCGCAGGAAGACCCUCCGCAGAGCAUCUUACCUCCAACAUUGGUAAAGAUUUUACACCUCAGAACACAUACCAUGUUCGCCUUAUCGCCCCUCAAAUUCAGCUUCAGAGCGAGAAAAACCCAAAGUCUGUUGCUCUGGUUACCGCGAAAGGCAUGGAGCUUAAACUUGUUGAAAUCAUGGAUAAAGAUCGCAUUUUUGAUGAAAUUAGCGGGCUGGUUCAGCGUCGAUUCUCUGUGGAAAUGGAUGGUACCCAGUUUUUCGUCACCCACCAGAAGCUUUUUAAAUCUCCUCUUCUCUCCUUGUAUUCGGGAAGUCAAUAUGGGACGCCUUCGGGAUCGGCCUGGCCACCUUGGGUUCCGAUGGAAGUCAUGUUCGAUUUCGAAGUCGACCCAUUUGGAUUCAAGCGUGUUGUGCAAAAGACCUCGGCAAGCUUAAGAUACGACAAAUACAAUACGUUGCGCCUAAAGUACAAUGAUGAGGUUGACAGGACAGACAAAGUCGCUGCUGAUAGCCUGGACAGUCGAAUGGAUCACCUCUGGGUUCAGUUUCCUCAUAUAAGAGCAAUUUGCGACUCAUCUCAGUACUAUGCCAUGUAUAUCAUUGUACUCGACCUGUUACUAUACAACGAGCCCCUCGAAAAGACUCGCAGUGAGAAAUUAGAGAAGAUAAUGCUUGCGUCUGACUUUAGCGACCUUCGUGGCGCCCCUGAGAUGGUCAUCCGGCUCCAGGAACGUAUUCGCCAACUUGAAGAAAUCAAGACUCAAUUCCAAAUACAUUCGAAUUACCUAGACAAAAAAGGCUGGGAAGGCCGAAUCCUUUUAGACCGCGACCUAACAAGCUGUGGGGACGAACUCUUCUUCAUGAUGAAGGCGAUCACGACGUCACAGCGCAAAUAUGACGGUUCUCAAAAUAAUGGUCUGCUUAGGUGGAACAUAGCAUCCGAGCAGAUAGUAUGGCAUCUGAUGCGCGAUGAGGAUCGGCCCCUUAUGGAAUUCCAGCUACAAAAAGCGGAAUAUGAUCGAACCGAUAAUGCGGAUGGUUCACAUGUGAACCUCGUACAGAUUGGUAAGAUUGUGGGACUUAAUCUUCUUCCAGAUGCCAUAUAUCCCGAAAUGAUUGCUCCAUAUUUCGAUCCUGAACGCAAAGAAUCUGAAGGCGCCAAUAGGCAAAUGCUGAGGGUUUAUUGGUAUAUGCUCGAAGCAAUUGCUGGGAUUCCAGUCAUGGAUCAUUUCGAGGUUAAUCUGUUUCCAAUGAAAAUGCAACUAGAACGAGAAGUUGGUGUGAAGCUUUUUGAGUACAUAUUCCCAGGCUCUGGGGAAAGCCUUUCUGGCAACAUUAAAGGGUCCGCAGCACGAAUGAAAAACAUGGCACGGCCUCAGGACGAAGAUGAUGAGGAAGACAAUUCAACAACGCAUACCACUCAAUUCGUACUCAAUCCUGAUGCCGAGAGGUCGGACGCGAAUACUGGGUCUGGAGCCGAUUCGCUAGAAUUAAGAUUGAGGCCAACUUUGAAUUCCGAGAGUCGCUCGAAAACUGGCUUGUCACGAAAGAAAGCGAGGAUGGUAACUUUACAUCAUACUCAAGGUAGCGAGGGCGCAUCGUUCCGUCUAUUCCAGUCGAACAAGGCGCAUGCUCCAGAUCAGCAAUCAACGAAGAGCAUUCACAAAAAACCUUCUGUUGAUAGCUUGGGCUCAAGCAAUGCCACUCGACCAACAAUCUCCCGAUCCAUGACAAAUUUUUCGGCAUUCGAAGGGAGUGUAACAAGUGAGAGACGAAACAAACUCUUCGCCAUCAAUCGCAGUGGCAGACAAGAUGACGUGAAGCCUUCCGAUGAUCUGACGAAGAUGUUAAACCGAGCAUCCAACUAUAUGACGCUGGCAUAUGUCAAGAUUCCCAGUGUAGUCAUUUGCCUCAGUUACAAGGGCAAGGACCAACGCAAUAUUGAAGACUUGCACGAUUUCGUUUUUCGCCUACCUAUGCUCGAGUAUCGGAACAAGACCUGGUCAAAUCUUGAUCUCGCGCUUGCUCUGAAGAAGGAUGUCAUCAGGGCACUCAUCUCUCAUACAGGUGCAAUUAUCGGAAAUAAAUUUACCAAAUCUCGACCAACUAUGACACAGCAGCAUAGACUGAGGGAGCUUGCAACGAGCAAUGUCCUUUUAGUGCCAUCACGUCAAGAUUCGCCUCAUGAUUUUACCGACACAGGUAGCACCUUGGCGAGCAGCUCUACAGAUGCCAGGGACCGAUCUAAGAGCCCGCGUCGGUCAUUUGCUUCAAACAGUAGCAGCCUAGGUCCUGUGAGCGCAGGUAGUAGUGGCGCCGCUUCGUUUCAAUCUCGUAGUCGAGGAGGUUCAAGCAUCCCUCAAUCACUAGCUAUGACAAAAUCCCAUCUUUUAAGUGGCGAAGGGGGAAGUCAGACACGAUAUUCUGGAGACUCGUAUUCUUUCAAGGGUUCUGGGAACAGUGACAAGCAUAAAGGCGGGUUUUUGAAGGGCGCUAUUGGUCGCAAGCUGCAAGCUAUCGGCGGCAGGAGGAGGAGGGAUCGAGGCAAUGAUGCACUAUCCGGUUCCUCUGAACUAGAACAAGACGAGGGGUAUUCUGAUUCGGAAAGCCUCAAACACAACCAAUAA